GAGGUAAUCUAUUUACGUAUUACGUACGAAAGGCUCAAACUAAUGUUAAACAACACGAGUGGUCAAAUCAUUCGAGAUCCGUGAAAGCAGAAGCAGAAGUAGCUACAUUAGCAUGCGUCAUGUCUACUUCAGGUAGUUUAUCGAUAUGUUUAGACCCGCCAGAUGUACGAUUGGUGGUUUUGGGCCAUCGCAAAGUUGGGAAAACAGCAUUGACGGUGAGAUUUUUAACCAAAAGAUUCAUUGGUGAAUACGAAGAAUGUCAAGAACGGAUGUAUUCAAGGAAGAUUGCCCUGGGAAAUCACGACACAGUGAAAUUUGAAGUGAGGGAUGUAACUAUAAAGGUAGAACAAUCGUCGUUGAAGGAUUUAAAAAGCAUAGUCUGGGGCGAGGGCUUCGCUGUUACAUACUCAAUAACAGAUAGGAGCAGUUUCAAUUCAGCAUUACAGAUUAUAUCCGCCAUUCAUGAACAGAAAAAAACGAAAGACGUCGUCAUAGCAUUGAUCGGAAACAAGAAAGAUUUAGAUCAUUUUAGAUCAGUACCGCGGGAAGAAGGACACACGGCAGCUCAUCAAUUGGGUUGCUUAUUUUUCGAAUUAUCCGCCUCGGAAGAGCCAGAUAACGUCCGUGCCGCAUUCUCGUCCAUUCUCGAUGGCGUUCGGAGGCGAAAAGCGAGAUGGAGACCUUCGGUGAAGAAAGUGAAUUCGUUGCCACGCACAAAAAAGACGAACGUUCGAUACUUGAAUGUGUUUUCAAAGUUAAAACACGAUAAAAAACGACAAGUUGCGUUGAAGUGACUACAAUAUAUAUAUACAGUAAGGAAUGUAGGUAAUGUAAAAAUGUACAAGCGUUAUUUAAUAAGAAUGAAAACGAAAUAUAACUGGAUGAACUUAAAUUGAACGCAACAGCAGAAUAGCAAUAAAUUACGUUAGAUCAUAA